CGUCAGCUGGCUGCGCCGAGUUGGCGGUUACCGUACAGUUGCUGGGAGGAGGCUAGAGGUGGAGCCGCUGGGGCCAAGAUCAUGCCGGACAGCGAGAGGUAUUCUGGGCAGCAGAGGCCGCUAGGCUUGGGAUGAAAGAAGCAGGGCAGAUGCAAAAUCUGGAGAGCGCGGGGGCCGGGCGGUCAGUCAGCACCCAGACUGGCAGCAUGACUGGUCAAAUACCAAGGCUUUCUAAAGUCAACCUUUUCACUCUGCUCAGUCUCUGGAUGGAGCUCUUCCCAACAGUAAAUACAGCCCAAAGACAAAAAUCUCAGGAAAAGGAAGAGGGAAAGCAUGGACCCUUAGGAGAUAAUGAGGAGGUGGCCAGAAUAUCUACUGAUAAAAAACAGGUGAAGAGAACUGGCCUUGUGGUGGUGAAAAACACGAAAAUUGUUGGUCUCCAUUGUUCUAGUGAAGAUUUGCAUGCUGGGAAAAUUGCUCUUAUAAAACAUGGGUCAAGGCUGAAAAACUGUGAUCUUUAUUUUUCCAGAAAACCAUGUUCUGCUUGUUUGAAAAUGAUUGUAAAUGCUGGAGUUAACCGAAUUUCAUACUGGCCUGCUGAUCCAGAAAUAAGUUUGCUUACUGAGGCUUCUAGUUCUGAAGAUGCAAAGUUAGAUGCCAAAGCAGUGGAAAGAUUGAAGUCAAACAGUCGGGCCCACGUGUGUGUCUUACUUCAGCCUUUGGUGUGUUAUAUGGUGCAGUUUGUAGAGGAGACCUCUUACAAAUGUGACUUUAUUCAAAAAAUUGCAAAAACACUGCCGGAUGCUAACGUUGACUUUUAUUCUGAAUGUAAACAAGAAAGAAUAAAAGAAUUUGAAAUGUUAUUUUUGGUUCCAAAUGAAGACAUGCAUAAGCAAAUACUGAUGACUAUAGGUUUGGAGAACCUCUGUGAAAAUCCGUACUUUAGCAAUCUAAGGCAAAACAUGAAAGACCUUAUCCUCCUUUUGGCCACAGUAGCUUCCAGUGUGCCCAACUUUAAGCACUACGGAUUUUAUUGUGGUAAUACCGAACAGAUUAAUGAAAUUCACAAUCAAAGUUUGCCACAAGAAAUUGCAAGGCACUGCAUGGUUCAGGCCAGGUUAUUGGCAUAUCGAACUGGAGAACAUCUCGUCGUGCCAUGUAGGAUUCCAGUGUGUAAAGAGGAUCAUAAAACUGGAGUUGGAGCAGUCAUUUGGGCAGAAGGAAAAUCUAGGAGUUGGGAUGGAACCGGUGCCAUGUACUUCAUAGGAUGCGGUUAUAAUGCUUUUCCUGUUGGGUCCGAGUAUGCUGAUUUCCCACACAUGGAUGAUAAACAGAAAGACAGAGAAAUAAGGAAAUUCAGAUACAUCGUACAUGCGGAACAGAAUGCCUUGACAUUUAGGUGUCAAGAAAUAAAACCAGAAGAAAGAAGUAUGAUCUUUGUCACAAAGUGCCCAUGUGAUGAGUGUGUACCUUUAAUUAAAGGUGCAGGCAUAAAACAAAUCUAUGCAGGAGAUGUAGAUGUUGGAAAAAAGAAAGCAGACAUCUCUUACAUGAGAUUUGGGGAACUUGAGGGUGUUAGCAAAUUCACAUGGCAGCUGAAUCCAUCAAGAACUUGUGUGGGUGAACAAAAUGAGCCUGAAAGCAGAGAGAACGGUGUGUUGAGACCCAUACCUCCCGGUGAAGAUCAGCACCAAAGCAAAAAGCUGUGUCUCGGGAACCGCUAAGAAGUCCUGUCUAGACUGCAGUGAAGCCUCAAGAACUUUUAUUGCACUUUUAAAACUCUAGCCUUGUUAACUCAGAAAAUAAGGAUGGAUUUUAUGAAUAACUGGAAAAAAAUUUAAGGAAGCUACUUUAUUAUCACCAUAUGAAUGAUGUUAAUGACAAUAUUUUUAUUUUAGAUUUGUCUGUUUUCCAAAAUAUAGCGGUGUGGUCUUUUAUUACAUUAAAUGAGGUAGCAAUAAUUUAAUGAGAUCAAUUUAAUCACCUGUUGAGGUUAAUUUCUCCUUGUCUUAGCUUUACAUUAGCCAAUUUUUUUAGAGGGGCUGGUUCACUAGGGUCACAUCUCAGCAGAGAAUUCUACACCUUUUAAAAAAUAUUAAUUCCUUCAGAUUAUGAAGGUGAUAAUUAGUAAACUGCUCCAGGGAAGUAAAUGAUGACCUGGCCAUUUUUAAGUCGGUGUAUGGCUCACCAAAAGUUCACAUUUAUUAUACCUAAAGCUUUUUAAUAAUCAGAAUUUAAUUAGGAUUGAAUCCUAAUUAAAUCGUAAUUAGGAUCAUAAAAAUGAAGUUGAUAUACAUGAUCCCCAUUAUAAAAGUAUAUUCCUGACAACAUUCUUAAUUUUCUUUUAAAACUCUUCCAAUAUGUAGAAAUCACAAUGAUUUGUUGGACUAGGGUGUUAUAUCACUGAUUUGGGAUAGCAGUAGGAAGAAAAUACUAUUCUGAGGCAGCACUGGUUCUUGAAGUCAUUCACACUGCCAACUUUGGUUAUGAUGUUAACAGUGAAGAAAUAGUCUGGAAUAUUGAAACUAGCAUUUUUUGAAUUCCAUUCACCAAUGCUGCCCAUUUUUCGCUCCAUACAAUUAAUAGAGUGUCUCAUGGCUUUCAGUGGAA